UCCCUCCUUCCCUCCUACAACUCCCACAAGCCUCUUCGGCUCUGGACCCGGGCUGGCCUGGGGUGGAGGCGCGGAGGCGGAGGCGCGGGAGUUAUGGAGGGGGCGGGCCCUGCAGGGAAGUGCGUCAGAGGAGGCGCGGGGAGGGCAGGGUGCUGUGGUCUGAGCUAGAGGGUGAAGCUGGUGGAACAGGAGGAUGGGCGUAUGCAGGUGAUAGACUAGAGAACAAGACCUCUGUCUCCGUAGCAUCCUGGAGCAGUCUGAAUGCCAGAAUGGAUAACCGUUUUGCUACAGCAUUUGUAAUUGCUUGUGUGCUUAGCCUCAUUUCCACCAUCUACAUGGCCGCCUCAAUUGGCACAGACUUCUGGUAUGAAUAUCGAAGUCCCAUUCAAGAAAAUUCCAGUGAAUUGAACAAAAGUAUCUGGGAUGACUUCAGUAGUGAUGAGGCAGAUGAAAAGACUUACAAUGAUGCACUGUUUCGAUAUAAUGGCACAGUGGGAUUGUGGAGACGUUGUAUUACCUGGCCCCAACACACACACUGGUAUAGCCCACCAGAAAGGACAGAGUCUUUUGAUGUGGUCACAAAAUGUAUCAGUUUCACACUAAAUGAGCAGUUCAUGGAGAAAUUUGUUGAUCCUGGAAACCACAAUAGUGGGAUUGAUCUUCUUCGGACCUAUCUUUGGCGUUGCCAGUUCCUUUUACCUUUUGUUAGUCUGGGUUUGAUGUGCUUUGGGGCUUUGAUCGGACUUUGUGCUUGCAUCUGCCGAAGCUUAUAUCCCACCAUUGCCACAGGUGUUCUCCAUCUCCUUGCAGGUCUUUGUACUCUAGGCUCAGUAUGUUGUUAUGUUGCUGGAAUUGAACUGCUCCACCAGAAACUAGAUCUGCCUGAGAAUGUUUCAGGUGAAUUUGGAUGGUCCUUUUGCCUUGCUUGUGUCUCUGCUCCCCUGCAGUUCAUGGCUUCUGCCCUCUUCAUCUGGGCGGCUCACACCAACCGGAAAGAAUAUACCUUGAUGAAGGCGUAUCGUGUGGCAUGA